AUGGCCAAGACUCGUGGUCCUCACGACCUUUUGGUCGUCCUUGACGCUACAGCAUCUAUGGGCGAGUUUAUCCAUGCCCUCAACAAGUCCCUCCCCGAGAUCAUCAGUUUAUCCGCCCUCACCGGCUGCUUCGAGCGCAUCGGCGUCGUUGCUUAUCGCGACUACUGUGGCGGCGAACUCACCGAAUGGUCCGGCUGGUGCUCCCCCUCAGGCGCCGUCUCUGGUCCCGAUAUCGUCUCCCAGGAUGACGUCCUCUCCAUGGCCCGAGGUAUCGUAGCUGACUGUGGUGGUGACUGGCCUGAAGCGACCAAGACUGGCCUUGCACUGGCGUACCAGAAGAUGCGAGAGGACGCCACGACCGUUAUGCUCCUUUAUAGCGACGCCCCUCCUCAUUUCGCGUCGACCAAGGGAUCAAACUACAAGAAGGAGAAGACAGUUCUUCAGAAGAUGGACAGCUAUGGUGGAACAGGCUUCCUCUUUGCCGACUGGGUAUCAGCUGCUUCGACCCUUAGAACCGGGUCCAAGAAGGCUGUCGUCUUCUCCAUCCUGACCGAGUGUAACCCCAGUUCGUGGAGCGCCUAUCUGUAUCUGUCUGCCGUCACAGGAGGUGCCUUCUUCUCAGCGACUAUCACGGCUGAAAACAUCUCGCGGUUGACCCUGGGAUUUCUUCUGACGUGGAUGGGUGCGGGAAAGGCAGUCGAGGGGGACACCACCAUCGUCGGUAGCAUCAAGCAUUACCUGGCCGCCGAUGACAUCCUCAAGGCCAAGUCCGAGGUACACUCCUUGCUCGACAAGUACUACGUCACCGGAUAUACCCGAGACUGCUCCAAGAAGCCAGUCACCACCAACAUCAAGGACACUACACUCGCUCUCAAGGAUAUGCCCACACUCCUCAAGGCACGAGGUCCCAGCGUGCGUAACUUUGCCAAGCGCUACGUCGAGGACGAGGGCUACAAGAAGUUGGCUGUGGAGCAGCUCCGGCGCAUCAUCGCAUCCAACGUGUCGGCUGUUUCUGUCAACCCCAUCUUCGGCACCCUUUGGCGAACUGUCUGCAACGAUCGCACUAGUGAGCACCGUGAUGAGCUCAUCACCAUGUUUGGACUUGAGGUCAGUCGUAUCGCGGAUGCUAAUGAAAAGGCACGCAUGAAGGCUUGGUUGGAGGAGUCUUACAACUAUGCCGCCGAGAUCCAGGAGCAGAUUGCGGCUGUCCCUGAGGAGGACCGAUAUCCUGUGGUGUACCUUGACCCAACGGAGGAUUUCACUUCAACUCCUAGAGGCGAGGGCGAGGAUAACCGUCCUUUGAACGAGUUUACCCGAGCAGAGCUUCUCGAGAUUGGACGAUCUUGCGACUACCGCAUUCUUCGACGACUGGGCAAGGUCUUGACUCGUCUCAACUAUGUCGACAAGAAGGAGAACCUGCCUGCCCAUAUCAAGGCCGCCGAUCCUGCUGAGGUUCCUCAGAUUCCCAUGGCACUCGCGGAUCCCAAGUACAAUCGCAAGUUCUGGAAGAUCUUGCUUCACGCAGUCCUUCCUGGCACCAUGAUCACCUCGCGUCCAGCCGCUGUCCUUGCAGCACUCGCUCUUCGGAUGGGAAUCGCUCCUCUACGCGAGGUGGCUGAUCAGGAGCUUAUGUCCUUCUCCGACAAGUGGAACACGAUCGAUAUUCCUGAGACAUGGAAUACUGGAUGCCUUAGCCUCCUGCUCGAUGCGGACCGAGACUACGAGAAGCGAGUGUCUGAGGGCACCACGCAGCGCCUCAACGCAGAGGCGGUCAUCCUGAAGGAGGCGGACCGGAAGCUGUUCAAGACCUUGGUGGACUACAAGAUGCUUGAGAUGAACCUCAAGACGACCCUGCAGGCCAAAAUUGGUUGGCGCCCCGAGAUGACCAAGGUCGCUCUGGGCCCCGUCGUCCUUUGCAAGACUUGCAAGUUCCCUCGCUCAGUCACCAUGAUGAGCAAGCGAGGAGUCUGUGGGUUCUGCUCUCUCAGGGCAACCAAGUGCCAGUGCCAGGCCUGCACCCGUAGCGAGGACUUUCAGGACCGGGUUAAUGCGAACGUGUCCAAGGACCACGAUGAAACGUCUAUGGGCACCUGGGUAGAGUGCUGUCGAUCCGAGUGUCGAGCUCAGUACGUCGUCUACAACCCCAAGGCACUUCGCGUUCGUCCCAAGUGCUUCUACUGCCGACACAAUGAUGGAAAGGGGACGGCGGGUGCAGCUCCGUUGGUUGAGUGUCACAAGUGUCUCAACCGAGUGAUUUGGCCCGAGGAAUAUCGCCCUAAGAACCUGGAUCUGACCAAGUUUGAGUGUUCAGCCUGCGCUUCCAACGUCGUCACCAUCAUCAGCCAGGAUACCACCGCUCAGGCCCUUGCUAAGGAGAACGGUACCAAGUGGAUCUUGCGAAACGAUGAUAAGGCCAUCGCCGAGACCUUCAACGGACGGUCUCUGUUCUAUACUGCGUCGCAUUGCGACCUCGCUCAUCUCCCUGAGAAGGUCGAGGUCAUUCCCGAGCAGGACACAAGCUCCCUUACCAUCGCUGGCAAGCUCGUACGAAACCAGGACGAGGUCAAGGCUUCAUUGCAGCACUGGGUUCUCUCACGACGCACCGAGGCAGGCGUCUGCAGUCUUUGCUUCUCUGACUUCCGAAAGGACUUCCUCAAGCGUGCUUGUGGUCGAAGUGGCUGUGACCAGCUCAUCUGCAACGGCUGUUCCAAGGAUUGGUAUGGUAUCAACGCCCGAGGACGUACCAUCAAUGUGGCGGCUCUUUCUUGUCCCUUCUGUCGACGCCGCCCUGCUCCAAAGACAGUUGCAGCAUUUGAUCUCACGCACCUGGGCGACCUGCGCAAGGCAGUCGAUGACGCCGGCUCUUGGGUAUACGCCUGGUGCGCCGGCUGUGGCUUCGCAAAGCAGUACAUCGAGAGAGCAUGUGCCGCUGGUGCUCCCCCCGAACUGGUCGACUGGCGAUGCGACGACUGCGCCAAGGGAGAGAAGAAGCUGGCCUCGAGAGAGUGUCCUGGCUGCGGAGUCGUGACGCAGAAGGUUGGAGGUUGUGACCACAUUACUUGUCCUUGCGGAGCUCACUGGUGUUAUGCUUGCGGAGCGCAGAAGGAGAGCAUGGGGGGUUGUUUGUUGAGGGUGAUGACGAUGAGGAGGACUGGGUGA